UGUACCAUGACAACUUGUUUGUGUUAAUUCUACAGCUGUUUGUUGAGUAAACAUACGUCAUCAUCCCACCCACCAGGACCACAGCUAGCUUUCACAAACGCAAUACGCCAACAACCUACCCUUUAUUCACGUCGAACGGCCGACUAGUCUGCGGGCUCGAAUGGCAGUAAUACGCCCGGUUGUCUCUAGAUCAUCGCGGACGAUGUUAACCGAUCACCGAGCCCCGCCUAGUUGGAAUACUUUGAUAGGGUAGAGGUGAUUAGGGGGGCGAAAACUACGUUCGACAGUCUGACGAUUUAGAACUGUGUUGACCUUACGGAAGAUCAAUAAGUACGACCAAAGUUCGCCGACUGUAUAACGCCGGCUUAAGGGGGCGUAAGAUGUAAAAUGUAGCAUUUUAGGCCUUAGGGGCAGUGGGCUGUUAAUCCACUGUGUCUAGGGUACGGUAUUGGAAGGCGUCCACUGAAUUCUACUUACCCAAGUCAGGUACCCAUUUUGCAUCUUAGUGGAUUGAGGAAAGUUAAGGAAAGUACGUUUCCCAAAGACACAAUGUCUAGCGAGAUAUCGACCUUAUAGGGGACAUGGUUGUUGCUGAAGUGGGUGUGCACCUGUAAGUACUAACAGUAGUCUAUGACAGGGCACUAACUAGAAGUUGGUAACACGAAAGUACAAAGUGCGCUAAAAUACCUUCAUCUAAUGAAACAGCAUGGCAAACACACAAACUAUGCUGUCCACAGUGGUGGAAGAAUUUCGGGAACUGGAUUUUAUCUUUCAAAGUGGUUCUGAUCUGGACGUUGUAGAGAGGGGAUACGCACGGAAGUUGUUUCAGGGUAUAAGUAAUCAAAUUGAAAUUUUAGAAUGUGAAGCAUUGAAAGGUCUUGGAGAUCUGUACCUGCACAAAGCAAAGAUGAACAAGCAUAAGGCAAAGAACUUCCAGAAAGCCUGCUCGUUGUACAUGGAACUCUUACGGUAUUACACAAGUACUGAGGAGAAGCAAGUUGUACAGCAUCGCAUCAGGUAUGCAGAGAAAUGCACCAAACUGUUCUAUGACCAAAACGUUAUAAACGCGUGUGCAACGAAUACAGAAAAUACCACAUUGGCUGUGUCCAUGACCCUUCACGAAAUGAACAAGGCGUCCAAGUUGAAAGGACAUGGUACGAUGCCCUUGGUGCAAGGUUAUACAAAUUAUUUAGUGAAAGCAAUCGUGAAAGGAAACAAACGUAUGGAAAUAGAAUCAUUAAAGAGUCUCGGAGAUCUGUACUUAGAAAAGGGAAGGGUUAGCAAUGACGAGGCAGCGUUCAGUAAAUCAGCCAGUCUGUACCGAGCGGCGCUGGACCGCUGUGAAGAUUCAGAUGGCAGAGAAACUCUGAAGCACCGCAUCAAGUACGCGGAAAAGGUUAAGGAACAACAAUGCAAGAAGGCAAAGAAAUGCCGAGAAAUGGGACGAACAAGGAACAAGAAAGUUGGAAACAGCAGUGAAGAAAAACAGCUAGAGGAGGUCACAGACAGUACGUACGAAGACCAGCUGCAGAAGGGCUGCAGGGCCCUGCAGACAGGAGACCUGGACACGGCAGAAAAACACUUUGCAGCUGCACUCAAGGUCAUUCAUGUGAAAGGUCAGCAUCUGAAAGAGGCAGAGCCCCUAUGCAAGCUAGGUGAUAUCUACCUGAAGAGAGGAGAGAAGUCAAAAGACGGAGGUGACUUCACCAAGGCUGCAGCACUCAGUAACGCAGCACUGGUGAGAUCAAAGACAGAGGAUAUGGAGAGUAUUAAGCAAACAAUCCAAAAAAUAACACAAUCAUUUGUUGAAAACGUCCUGUGUAUGGAACAAACGGUACCCACGGAUGACAUAGAGAAACACAAAUCGGCGUUAACAGAAUGGCGCUGUUAUGUGGAAGAAGAGAUCAAAAGAAUUGAACAGCAGAUAGAUCCUUAUAUUCUGGAUGACAACGACCCAAAAAUAACGGAAGUAGAGAAGAAGAGAGUGGAAGCAAUCAAAGCCUUGUUCGACACUAUUGUUCAGCAGAGAAGAACAUUCAUAACUGACCUUGUAGAUGAGUGUAUAGAGGUAAUGGGGCCCCCUCCCUGUAACUACGCCAUGAUAGGACUUGGUUCUCAGGCCACAGGUUUGGUAACACCAUUCUCUGAUCUGGAGUUUGCUAUUUUGAUAGAGGAGGAAACAGAAAUGAGUGUGAAGUAUUUUCAAAGUCUCACACAUUACCUUCAUCUAAAAGUGAUCAAUCUUGGGGAAACCAUUCUCCCGGCCAUGGCGAUCAAGUCUCUCAAUGACUUCGAUUCAGAUAACAAGCUGGACAACUGGUUCUACGACUCUGUAACACCCCGUGGUUUUUCGUUCGAUGGAGCCAUGCCACUUGCAUGUAAAACCCCACUUGGAAGAGGUAAAACAUGUCUCCUUAUUCGCACACCAUGUCGCUUGGCCAAAUAUCUUGAAGAUGACGUAAAGCUACAUCUGAAGAAAGGCUACCACCUGGCGAGUGUGUUGGGAAAUGUCUCAUUAAUUGCUGGAGAACAAGGCUUGGUCGGCAAAUACACUGUUGCAUGGAGUCAGCAACUGAAGAAAAAUGGAAGUGAAAUUGCUAGGUUACUAGCAAACACUAUGUUAAUGGAAAAUACCAAGACUAUUGAAAUGCAGAAUCCGACUGCCCAAAUGCUGAAUGUAAAGAAAGAAAUGUAUCGCUUUUCAAGCCUUGCUGUAUCUUGUUGGGCACUGCUCUGUGACAUACAGCCCACCACAAUCUGGGAGACUAUUCAACAAAUGUAUAAAAAGGGUGCCAUUAGUGAUAAGAACGCACAUCACUUAAUGGUUCUGGUCAGUAUCUCAGCAGAACUGAGGUUGCGAACUUACAUGAACAACCGUGGUCAGGUGGAAAACAUGUCAGUCUUGUCGUCAAUGUCAACCAAUGAUGACGUUGAGGAAAAAACUAAGAAGAUCUUUCACUUCUCUAAUGUGAAACAGCUCAUGAGAUACUACUACACGGCAACACCUUUGAAGUACUUAGUUUCGCAACUUAGCAACAGUCAACCAGUAAAAGAGCCCUCGACUCUAUUCGACAACUCUUUAAUGCUACAAGCAGAUGUAUACGAAAGUUUGUGCGACUACAACCAAUCAAAGACAUGCAUUGAACAGGCACUUGAAAGAGCGUUAUCAACACACGGAAGGGGUGCGAUUCACCCUCACAUUGCCGGGUUGCUUAACAAGUUAGGUAACGCCUGGGGUAACCUUGGUGAUAUCAGAAAAGCCGUCAGCUAUCAUCAACAGUCCCUACAAAUGAAGCGGAGUAUCUAUGGUGAGGACGUCGCACACCCUGACAUCGCCGGGUCACUUAGUAACUUAUGUCAGGGGUGGAGGGAACUUGGUGAUUACAGAAAGGCCAUUAGUUAUAAUGAACAGUCACUAGAGAUGAGGCAGACUAUCUAUGGUGAGGGCAUCGCACAUCCUGACAUCGCUGGGUCACUUAGCAGCUUGGGUCUGGCUUGGAGUCAUCUUGGUGAUCAUAAAAAGUCCGUAAGCUAUCAUGAACUGUCACUAAAGAUGAAGCGAAUUAUCUAUGGUGAGGACAUCGCGCAUCCUGGCACCGCCUCGUCACUUAACAACUUGGGUAACGCCUGGAGGGAAAUUGGUGAUCACAGAAAGGCCGUCAGCUGUCAUGAACAGGCACUAGAGAUGUGGAGGAGUAUCUAUGGUGGGGGCAUCGCACAUCCUCACAUCGCCUCAUCACUAGGCAACUUGGGUAACACCUGGAGUGACCUAGGUGAUCACAGAAAGGCUAUCAGCUAUCACGAACAGGAAAUACAGAUGAUGCGGAGUAUCUAUGGUGAGGGCAUCGCACAUCCUAACAUCGCCUCGUCACUUAACAACUUGGGGAACCGCUGGGGUGCCCUUGGUGAUUACAGGAAGGCCGUCAGCUAUCAUGGACAGGCACUAGCGAUGAGACGUCUAAUCUACGGUGAGGUCAUUGAACAUCCUGACAUCGCAGGGUCACUUGGCAACUUGGGCUGCGACUGGAGUGGCCUUUGUAAUCACAGAAAUGCCGUUAGCUAUCAUGAACAGGCACUACAGAUGAUGCGAAGCAUCUAUGGCGAGGGGAUCGCACAUCCUCACAUCGCCUCGUCCCUUAGCAACUUGGGUGCCGCCUGGAGUCAACUUGGGGAUCACAGAAAGGCCGCCAGCUAUUUUGAACAGGCACUAGAGAUGUGGCGAAGUGUCUAUGAUAAAAACAUAGAACAUCCUGACAUCGCCACGUCACUGAGCAACUUGGGCACCGCCUUUGGAAACUUACGUUAUUACAGAAAGGCCGUUAGCUACUUUGAACAGUCACUAGAGAUGAGUCAGAGUAUCUUUGGUGAGGGCAUCCCACAUCCUGACAUUGCGAACUCACUACUCAAUCUGUAUGUUGCCUGGGUCAUCCUUGGUGAUCACAGCAAAGCCGCCUCUUAUUAUGCUAAGUUAACACGUAUGGAACAAAUGAUUGAAGAGAGUUCGAGACACUGACAUUGCCACUCUUCUGAAUUACGUUUCAUGUCCCAUGAAUUUAACAGAAAGCAAUUAAAAAGUUUUUCUAAAGAAUGAUUGUAAACUAUGAUGGUUUUCUUUUGUUAAUAAACGAACUUACUACUUACUACUACUAAACGAAAUAUGCACCUAUUUUAAUGCUGAGCAAAGCUUUGCUGUCAUAUUUUGUUUGUUUUAAAUAUUGUAAGGUCUAUCACUGCCAUGUACAUUUGUAUACCUACCUUUGAAGAACACCUUACUGUGCUACUCUAAUCUUUCAGUCCAGUAGUAGAGUCCGAAGAACCACGGCGCCCUCUGCUACCGUUUGUUAACAGCUUAUUAUUCUC